AUGAACGGGAGUUGCUGCAACGCGGCGGACAGUCCGGUGGGCGGCGUCCCGGCUUUAGUGGAGGGUCUGCCGCCUCUGCCCAAGGGCCUGAGCGGCAUCCUCAACUCCAGCGGCGGUUCGUGGCGGGAUAUCGAGAAGGUGCACAGCAAGAGAGCGCGCAUCCAGGCCGACAUCAGCCGGGGCGGCGGGGACGCGCCUCGCCUCAGUAGUAAACCUGGUGGACUGGACGCUGCUCUGGCUUUACUGCGGAAAGAGAUGGUGAGACAUCAAGAGCAAAAAGUCACUGUGAUCCUGUGCAAAGAAAUAAUGCAUGAACCUUUUUUUUUUCAUUCUUCAAGCUAUCGUAAUUAAAGUAUUUUAAUUAAAAAUUAAGGUUUUCUCUGAAUCUAAGCUUAAAGGGAAAUUCCAGCAUAAAAUUAAGUAAACUAACUAAACACAACUCAGCCUCUCUCUUCCAGCAGCAGCUUGUUUGUACGGAGACCUCCAGGCAAGUCCAUCGACUGCAGCGGAGUUUCGCAGCUCAAGGAAGAAUAUUUAUGAUCAUUACUUUAUCAUUUCCUUGAAGUAAUAAUGAUCAUAAUAAUCAUUUUACACUGCAGACGCGGUAGUUCUUCUGCCUUAGCGUCUCGGUCUGAUUGCAUUUCCAUGAAGACAUUAUCAUAAAUGUUCUUCCUUGAGCUGCGAUACUCCGCUGCAGGUGAUGGACUCGCCCAGAGGUCUCACUACAAACAAGCGGCUACUGGAAGAGAGAAGGUGAGUUGUGUUUAGUCUCUUUGCUAAAGAAAUCAGUCAAAGCUAAAAAGAUGUUUGGUGGCUAGUGCUAUGUCUGGGACCCUAUAUGUCCUGUUGAUGAAGUUAGGUGCUGUUCUGAGCAUUAUUUGUGGCUAUAGAGUGGCGUUUUGGUUGAGCGCAUGACUCUCUGUAUUGCUAUCCUGCUGUCAUUACUAAAGUUGGUAUAACUAGAGAAACAAGCAGUCGGCAACAUUCAUCUCUCGAGGGAGGUGUCUAACUCAGUGAUACGGAGUGUUUGGCCCUAACUUAAUUUUACGCAGGAAUAUCCCUUUAAACUACAUCGAAAAAGCACACGGAUCAUACAUGGGAAUUCGUUUUUAUAGGAAAACUGUUGCAUAGAUAAAGAAACAAAAGUAUUCUUACCCAUUACCCGUUAUAAAUACCUACAGACCCUUGUGGAACUUUUAUAUAUAUAUCAAUAUACCAGCGGUCAUGCAGUUUCACUAAAUAGUAACACACUUUUCCCAUAGGCUGUGCUGAUUUUCAGUGUAACAGCACCUCUUGUGUUAUCAUUUAAAUUUGAUCAACAGAAAAUGAUAUUCGUGUUUGUGUCUGACAGGUGGGUCUGCGUCAGCUCGAUAUGUCCCUGCUGUGCCAGCUGUGGUCCCUCCACGAGGCCAUCCAGGAGUACAAGGGCUCCUCACUUCUGUCUGAGGCCUCCUUCAGUACUUAUAACGGGGACUCUGAAGAAGAAGAGGAGGAGGAGGAAGAAGAGGAAGACGAGGAGGAGACAGAAGUUCUCUCACAACCUCCUCCUUCAUUGUCUGUGCCCCCAGCGAGCAGUAACUCCAGGGACCAAUGGAUCAAGGACUCCUUUCAUAUCCCCUGA